GGAUGGGUCCCCGGGCGGUGAGGGCGGUCACAGGGCGUUGCCGAACCGAGGCGGGGCGGUUCCGGGGCGAUGCGGGGCGGUCCCGGGCCGGUCCCGGGGCGGUCCCGUGUCCGCCCUUAUAGUGGCGGCGGCGGCGCUUCCCGGGGCGGCGCGGCCGCCAUGGACCUGCACAUCCUGGAGCACCGGGUGCGGGUGCUGAGCCUGGCCCGCCGCGGGCUCUGGCUCUACACCCACCCGCUGCUCAAGCUGCUCUUCCUGCCCCAGCGCUGCCGAUGCAAGUUCUUCAGCCUGACGGAGACCCCCGAGGACUACACGGUCAUGCUGGACGAGGAGGGCUUCAAAGAGCUGCCGCCCUCGGAGUUCCUGCAGGUGGCAGAUUCCACGUGGCUGGCGCUCAGCGUGGUCUCCAACGGGCGGGAGCCCCCCGGCUGCCAGGCCACCGGCGUCACCAAGAUCGCGCGGUCGGUCAUCGCGCCGCUGGCCGAGCACCACGUCUCGGUGCUGAUGCUCUCCACGUACCAGACCGACUUCAUCCUGGUGCGGGAGCGGGACCUGCCCGUGGUGAUCCACACGCUGGCCGGGGAGUUCGACAUCUACAAGGAGGAGAGUGGCGAGUGUGUCCCUGUCACCUGCGAUGACGUCAGCAACGGCUUCCUCAAGCCCAAACCACCCGCCAGCCCCACGCUGCACCCGGUGCAGAGCCCCCAGACGCGCUUCUGUGUCCUGACGGUGGCCCCCGACACGCUGCCCGCCAUCGCCACCAUGCUCAUCGACGUCCUCUUCUACUCCCACAGCCCCCCAUGGGACGCAGCCACCGGCAGCCAGGACCUCGACUCCAUCACCUUCUUCUCCUUCUCCCUCAUCGACGGCUACAUCUCCAUCGUGAUGGAUGCCGAGACCCAGAAGCGCUUCCCCAGUGACCUCCUGCUGACCAGCUCCACGGGGGAGCUGUGGCGGAUGGUGCGCAUCGGGGGGCAGCCCCUCGGCUUCGACGAGUGCGGCAUCGUGGCGCAGAUCGCGGAGCCGCUGGCGGCCGCUGACAUCUCGGCCUAUUACAUCAGCACCUUCAACUUCGAUCACGCCUUGGACUGCCCGGAGCACAGCCCUGCCCACCCCGGCCCCACGGAGCCCACCCCAGCCGCCACCUCUGCCGGGGAGGUUCCGGGGAGGAGGAAGAGGAAGAAUCGUCAGAGGCAGCUGGUGGAGGAAGCAGAUCGUGCAGGUCGUGGUUUGGUGCGGCCAGGACAGGGAAAUUCUGGGAAAAGAAAGCACUUCUACAAGUGA